AUGCCCGAGCGGCUGCUACUCAAGAACGCGCCCUGGAACGAUAUCAAUAAGCGAGUAGCCGCGGCCCUGGGAACGGACCCGAUCGAAGGCACUGUUCAACAACAGACGGACAGGCUCAUGUCGGUAGUGUUGGAGGCGAUGAAUGCCCUCACACCCAAGGCGAAACCAUGCCCCUAUGCGAAGCGUUGGUGGACACAAGAUUUGACACAGCUGCGACAAAUACACACGUAUUGGAGGAACCGCGCGAGGGCGUCGAGACGCGGAGGACAGAUCUCGGAGCAUCUCGAGCGUACGGCUCGAGGAGCUGCGAAGCAAUAUCAUGACGCCAUCCGACAACAGAAGAAGAAACACUGGAACGAAUUCCUAGCGGACAAUGACAAUAUAUGGCAAGCGGCGAAAUACCUCAAGUCGGGAGAUGCCUCAGCGUUUGGUAAGGUCCCACACCUUCACCGGAGCGAUGGUUCCAGGACUACGAACGUGAAGGAGCAAGCCGAGAUACUGCUCACCACCUUCUUCCCUCCGCUACCGGAGAUCAUUAAAGAGGAAGGCGAUAGGCCACAGCGCGGGGCAGCAGUGCCCAUGCCAGACAUCACCCCGGCUGAGAUUGAGCGGCAGCUCUUCGCAGCGAAAUCAUGGAAUGCCCCCGGCGACGACGGACUGCCGGUCGUGGUCUGGAAGCAGCUCUGGCCUAGUGUCAAGCACCAGGUGGUUGCGCUGUUCCGUGCAUCGCUUGAACAAGGGCCCCUGCCCGCGCAGUGGAGGCACGCCAAGAUCAUCCCGCUCAAAAAGCCAGACAAGCCCGACUAUGCAGUAGCGAAGGCGUGGAGGCCGAUCUCGCUGCUGUCGACACUAGGCAAAGUCUUGGAGUCGGUGGUUGCGGAGAGGAUCUCCCAUGCGGUCGAGACAUACGGUCUGCUGCCGACAAACCACUUCGGGGCACGUAAACAACGGUCCGCCGAACAAGCAUUGAUGUUGCUACAAGAACAGAUCUACGCCGCCUGGCGCGGCCGGCGCAUCUUGAGCUUGGUUAGCUUCGACGUAAAAGGAGCGUAUAACGGAGUGUGCAAGGCCAGACUCAUCCAGCGCAUGAGGGCGAGAGGCCUCCCGGAGGGUUUGCUGCGAUGGGUGGAGGCAUUCUGCUCCAAUCGCACGGCCACGUUACAGGUUAACGGGCAGUCAACAGAUGCGCGGAUCCUUCCACAAGCAGGCCUGCCGCAGGGCUCUCCGCUGUCGCCGAUUCUCUUUCUCUUCUUCAACGCUGAUCUCGUGCAGCAGCAAAUCGACUGCCACGGAGGCUCUUUGGCGUUCGUGGACGAUUAUACAGCCUGGGUCACUGGCCCGACUGCGCAGAGCAAUCGCGUCGGAAUUGAGGCCAUCAUAAAUCGAGCGCUGGACUGGGAGCGACGUAGCGGAGCAACGUUCGAGGCCGAGAAGACGUCCAUCAUCCACUUUACUCGCAAGGCUUUCAAGUUCGAUACUCACGCAUUCGUCAUCAAAGGUCAGAUCGUCGAUCCAAAAAGACACGUCAAAGCGUUAGGGAUGAUCAUGGAUUCCAGCCUGAAGUACAAGGAGCAUAUGGCGCGAGCAUCCGCCAAGGGCUUGGAGUCGGCCAUGGAGCUCCAGCAGCUUCGUGGCCUCACACCAGCCACGGCGAGACAGCUGUUCACGGCUAUGGUCGCGCCAAUUGUAGAUUAUGCCUCCAAUGUAUGGAUGCAUGCGUGCCGAUACAACCGGGCCGGCCCGAUCAAUCGAGUGCAGAGGGCUAGGGCGCAGGCAAUCGUCGGGACGUUCAUGACCGUUGCCACCAGUAUAGCUGAAGCAGAAGCACACAUCCCAAGCGCCCAGGAGCGUUUUUGGAGACGAGCCGUCAAGAUGUGGACCGACAUGCAUACUCUGCCUACGACAAAUCCACUGCGUAACGCGACGAAGAGCAUCCGAAAGUUCAAGCGGUUCUGUCGGUCUCCCUUCUACGAGCUGGCGACAGCACUCAACGACAUUCCGGUCGACGAACUGGAGACGAUCAAUCCUUUCUCUUUGGCUCCGUGGGCCGAACGGAUCCGGACGAUCACUGACGACGAUGACGCAGCGACAGGCACAGAAGCGGGCGCGGACGGGGUUAUGGAUGUAGCACAAUCAGGCCAGCAGUAUGUCGACUCGAUACACGAGACCAUCGGCGUCUUGAGAGACCAGGGAAACGCAGUGACAGUUACGUGGGUGCCCGUCAGCAGCGAGCAUGGGCUCCUGAAACUAGCCAAGGACGAGGCACGGGAGGCCACGCGCGAGGACGCGACUCCCGCAGCCAAGUUCCCUAGAGCACGAUCAACGACACUGGGCAUCGCAAGGGCAAAACAGCGGGCGGACAACAAGAUCCCAAGGAACUUCGGGGAUUACACCACGAGAAUAGACGGAGCACUACCUGGAAAACAUACCCGCCAACUGUAUGAUCAAUUAACAUGGAACGAGGCCAACGUGCUGGCACAGCUCAGGACAGGCAUGGCGCGACUCAACGACUACCUGUACCGCAUCAAAGCAGCAGCGUCGCAACAAUGA